AUGGAUGGGAUUGCUGGGGCCCAGCCAAGUAUGCGAAGCCCGUGAAUAGGGAGCUCUGGAUCUCGGCACAAUCGCUGGGUGAGUCGACGACUGCUGGACUGGCGCUAUAUGAUGAUGAUGAUGAUGAGAUCUGCGCUGCGGCCUCUGUUGCGGUACCGCAAUCCGAUAGCAGACCGUGAUCGCUGAGGAAGCGCGUCGGCGAGAAAUGAGCGCACCUGCAUGGCACGCUGAGAGCUGAGCGGCCGACGGCAGACGAAAAGCUUGGCGCAAGUGGAAUGCGCAAGGCGCCAUUGGAGUUCGUUCGUUCGUGCGAGUGACUGACUGACUGAUUGAUUGAUUGAUUGAAUGUCUUUCUGAUUGAUGCCCCGGGUAGUGGAACAGUGCGGACGCCGCGUGGCCGCAGUACGAUUAGCGAGCCGUAUGUUUAUCUCGGGGAUGUAGAUUUGAAGAGAUUGUGCAGGACGAGGAGGAGGAGGUGUCUGGCAGUGACUGGUGAGCGGAGACUCGCCAGAACGAGGUAGUACGGGCCAUAAGGGAAGAGUACAUAAGGACGCGAGGCAGCAAUCCGAAGUAUGAACGGCAAAGUUGAUAAACCUGUCAAACAGGAGUUCGGAGUUUGUGGUUGUUUCAGUAGAAGAUUCCGAUCGAACCAGCUCAUGACGCCCCCGGAUGUGGAACAAGUGUUCGAGAAGUACGCAGAAAAUGGAGUUAUCACUCCCGAGAAGCUUAAAUUGUUCCUCAACGAGGAGCAGAAAGAAGAGAAUGCUACGCUCGCGGAUGCCGAGCAGAUUGUGGCACAUCAGCUAGCGAAGGAAUCGCAUUUGUUUUCGAAACCCAAACAUGGUCUGACUCUGGAUUCGUUCUUCCAAUACUUACUCGAUCCGAGCAUCAAUGGGGCUAUGAAUACCAAGGUGCAUCACGAUAUGACAUUGCCAGCUUCAGCUUACUAUAUAUACACGGGGCAUAAUUCGUAUCUUACUGGAAAUCAACUAAGCAGUGAUUGUAGCGAAAAACCAAUAGUUGAUGCACUGAGGAGAGGCGUCCGUGUCGUGGAGUUGGACUUAUGGCCAAGCAAGAAUGAUACUCAAAUCAAAGUCUACCAUGGCAGAACAAUGACAGCGCCGGUUGAUUUCGCAUUGUGUUUGGAGGCUAUUAGAGACAAUGCUUUUGUAGCUUCUCCAUAUGCAGUUGUCAUCACAUACGAAGAUCAUCUGACCCCGGAGCUUCAAGCGAAAGCCGCACAGAUUACCACUGAUGUGUUGGGUAAGUUACUAUGGCGGCCUGAGGAGGAUACCAAGUGUGCUAAAUUUACACAGUUUCCAUCACCAGAAGACAUCAAACAUAGGAUACUUAUCUCCACAAAGCCUCCCAAGGAGUAUAUCAAGGGUGAGAAGCAUGAAAAACUGGCAGAAAGGUUAGCAAGCCAAAAAGCAGAAGUUGCAUCGUCCAAGCCAGGCCAAACUCCCCGAUCAUUUUUCGGUGAACCGAGAAAGUCGUCUGAGUGGGGACCUGAAGUUCCAGGCUUCGUAGCAUCCGAAAAACGUGCAUCAUUGGAUCCAUCAGACAAACCGGUGUCGGAUGACGAAGAUACAGAUAACGACGACGACGACGACGACGACGGAGAUGAAGCACCUGAUCACGUGAAAAAUCCCGAGUACAAAAGCAUCAUAUCUAUUCGUGCUGGGAAACCCAAAGGGGCGACAGUGGUCGAAACUCUUGUCGUUGACGAGUACGUGAAGCGGGUGAGUUUAAGCGAGCCUCAGCUUGAGAAGGUGGCAGAGAAGAAACCAUCUGCAUUGAUCAAAUUCACGGAGAAGAAUCUCUUGAGAAUCUACCCUUAUGGUCUGAGAUUCAAUUCUUCAAAUUACAAUCCUCAUGUGGCUUGGUCUCAUGGCGCUCAGAUGGUUGCAUUCAACAUGCAGGGUUAUGGAAGACCCCUUUGGGUGGUCCAUGGGUUUUUCAAAGCCAAUGGAGGCUGUGGAUAUGUUAGGAAGCCCAAGUUUUUGUUUCCAAGUGAGAAUGGUGGCCAAGAGUUCGAUCCUCGAGUUGCGAAAGCACCCGUAGUGACUCUGAAGGUGAAGGCCAUCUUGGGUCUUGGGUGGUUAGAAAAAUUUGGAAAACAUCACUUUGACCGCUUCUCUCCUCCUGAUUUCUAUGUGAAGAUAGCCAUAGCGGGACUGCCAGCGGAUGUGAAGAAGUGCAAGACCGAGCCAAUCGAGGAUGAAUGGAUACCAAGGUGGGAAGCGGAAUUCGAUUUCCCUAUCUCUGUACCGGAGCUUGCUUUGUUGCGGGUGGAAGUUCAUGAAUACGAUAUGACCGACAAGGACGAUUUCGGCGGACAAACUUGCAUCCCACUUUCAGAGAUAAAGCAAGGAUUAAGAUGUGUCCCUCUUGACGAUAAGAAGGGCAAUACGUUGGAAGGUGUUCGUUUGCUCAUGCAUUUCGAACUCGAAGGAGAGAAGUUUGGUUGGUAAAAGGCUGAUGGUUUCUCCGUAGGAGUUUAGUUAAGGAUUCAUUCUUCCUCGUUUGGAAUGUGCAAAAGAGUUUAAUUAGUCGACAGUAACUCAUCAAAAUUCCUCCCUCAAAGGAAUUCGCUAUCGGGAACUGACGACACAGACAGUAUAGACUAGAUUCUCAGCCUAACUCACCUGCUGUAGAAAGACAACCGUACACAUCAUUGCUCUGCCCGUGCCGUACGCGCCUUUGCACUUCGCUGUGAAAGCAUAUCAACCACGGGCUGUCCAUGAGAAUCUCUACUACAUGGAUCGAAAAGCCUGUUUGGCAAACCAUCAACUGGCAUAACGAGCCACUCGCCUGCGUGAAAAUGUAUCUAUCAUCACAGGGUCGCAAUGACAAUCGCCGGAACGUCAAACAAAUGUCUCCUUGUAAAAUAGCUAGCUAGGUGUGGUACUCUUUCACUCGCCACAGCAUGAAGUGAACGACUGGAACAGGCAAGACCAAUAGCUAUAUACCAGUGUAAUUGGGUCCACUAUAUAGGCUGAAAGGAGUUCUGAGUGUGGUCAACUCACUUUGCUUUGAACAUCCUGAUGUAGGUCUAUCUCGAAAUUGGAAUAAGUAUGACAGGACUUGCAACCUGCAUGAUUGUACCUAUUUUCCAGAGCAUGGCCAGAAGAAGUUAUAUUGAACAGUUGUCUUCUUCAUACCUAGGGAUAUUAUUGGCGGUGUUUACUUAAAUACGUGAAACUUUUUUGGGUCU